AAACAAAAAAAUUAAAUGUUACAUUCAAUACUUUCAGACAACGAUAAUGCCUCCGAUUGUACUUCAUUUUAUGCGGAGUAUGAUCCUUUUGAUUAUUUAUAUAGUGGUGGCAGUACACAAUAUUCAGAUCCUGUCUAUGAAGCUGUCAAUAAAUUGGAUAAAUCAGCUGUUAGUCCAAAUGUUUCAUCCACUAGUUGGCGAACUGAUUAUACCCCUGAAAUCAGACAAAAAGAAGAAUUACCACCACGUGCAACGGGAGGAUCACGAUCACCUCCACCACCCCUACCACCUCGCAAUAGUGGUGGCUAUAGUAAUGGAGCUAGCACUUCAUCGUUUAAUACAUUUGCCAGGGAUUAUGAACAAUAUGUACCAGUAUUGAAUACCAGUCAUGUAUUGGAUCGACGAAAAACUUCUUCGCGUCUUUAUGAAAUUGUCACAGAUCAACGUACAGUGGACUUGGAAUUACUUGAUUUCUUUUAUAUGGUUAAAGAACUGAGACAACGUUAUCCAUACGAUGAUGAAGUAAAUAAUGUGGGUCAUAUAAUAGCAUCGGAAUUUAAUUAUCAUUAUCCAUUGGAGACAAGUAUUAAGAUAUUAGUACAUCCAGCAUUGAAUGCAUUGUUUCCGGAUGGUGAAUCGACGGCGGCCAAUAAGAGGCAGUUUAAGGGCUAUGGGGCACCCGUACAAUUUACAUGUGACAUUAAUACUCCCGUUGAAAUGGUUAUAAGCCAAGCCUUCUAUUCUUUAGAGGGUCAAAUCAGAGGUCAUGUUAAUGAUUAUGCCGUUAGACCUAUAGGUGUAGCGGAAUGGCUUUCAAAUUCUUCGAAACUAAGUCAAUUGGAAUGUGUACACAAUAGUUUGAAACUAGAAAAAGAUGUACAAUUGGGUUUGUGUUUAAAGACCGAGGAAAAUAUGAAAGUUAUAGCACGCACCCAGAGAGAUGAUAAAAAUGUAUGUGAAAUGCGUCCCGAAGAAGUAUUGCCCAAUGAGACGGCCAAUACCAUAACCUAUGAUAGUAUGAUGAUUUUAUUAGAAACUUUGGAAACCGAAAUAGAUAAACUAGAAUCUGCGGCUAAUGACAACAACUCGCGUACUGUUAUAUCCUGUUCUGGUGUGGUGCAGGGUGUUAAAGCCAUUUGUGCCUUAUUGGGUUCCAUUGAUACACUGGAACUAGCCGACUGUGUAGCAAAGCUAAAACAAGUUUGUGAAGAUAAUCAACCAAAAUAUUCAAGUUCCUCUACAAAUCCUGAAAUUAUAACCGAUUGUGGCGAUUAUGCCGAAGUGUGUUUGCGACCGCGUUCUAUAGUCGAACAAAUUAAAGUUAAAUGCAAUAAUUUAAGAGAUGCCGUACAGGAAUUAAUAGAAUUGUAUUCGAAUGUCUUUAAGGUGGGAUUUUCGGUGAAAACUUUGGAUUAUUCCAUAACACCCAUUCAUGUUUCUUUUGUCUCCAAACCGAUUGUGGUUAGCGUCAAUUGUUUACAUCGCCCUCCACCUCUAUGGCGUUAUGAUAAUUACUCUUUGGGUGUACAAAUCAACUAUGGUUCCCGUUUUAUCUCUGAUCCCGUGGUAACAAAAUGUUCUAAUGAUACUACAGGAGGUUUAUUUCCACGUUUGAAAUUUUCUUCUUGGAUUACGUUUGAGAAAAAUCCUAUUUGUACUUUACCCCGGGAAGCACGUUUGAUAUUUGUCUUGUAUGGCACUCAAACGGCAGAAAAUGAUCAAAAUAAUGUGGAUAAUGGUGAGAAGAAACAAAUUACCACCGAGUUAGGUUGGUGUGCCAUACAAUUAUUUGAUUAUAAACGUGAAAUGAUUUGUGGUUCCUAUCUGCUCUCAAUGUGGCCUCCUACGGCUGAUAAGUUUUUGGGUCCCGCUCCCGCUAGAGGUUGUCACCCUCAGCCCGACUUUUGUCCGGUUUUGAGUAUUGAAGUGCCGCCUUAUGGCGGUAAAAUACAAUUUCCAGAACCUUUGGAAAAUCCACCACCAGCUCCAAGAUACGACUUCAAUUCCUUGGACACUAAUUUGCAGCAAGAAUUAUUGGACACCGCCGAACAGGGUUAUCCGGGUGCCAUCGAUAAACGUGAAGUUUUCUGGGAAAAACGUUUGUAUUUACAAAAUAUUCCUCAUGCCUUACCCAAAGUUUUACAUGCUGCCCAUAGUUGGGAUUAUGCUAGUCUCAUGGAUUUACACUCUUUACUGUACUCCUGGUCAGCCUUAUCUCCACAACAGGCUUUAGAGCUGCUGCUGCCACGUUAUCCCGAUGCCAAAGUAAGAGAAAAAGCCGUAGAAUGGAUAUCCCAACAAUCCAAUGAUCAGUUAGUUGACUAUUUGCCACAAUUGAUUCAGGCUUUGAAGCAUGAUACCUAUGAAGCUUCCUCAAUGGCUAGAUUUUUAUUAAGUAAAUCUUUGGAAUCUCCACGUAUAGCUCAUCAUAUGUAUUGGCUUUUAGUACAUAGUUUACCUGGCGAUGGGCCACAAAAUUCAAUAGAUUCUUCAUCGAGUUAUGGUGAUGAAAUGGAUGAUACUUUAAUAACUCAAGCACGUUAUUAUCGCAGAAAUAAGAUGAUGUUGAGAGCCUUGCUAGCCAUAUGUGGUGAGAAACUAUCUAAGAGAUUCUUGCUGCAAAAUAUUAUGUGUAGGAAUCUGGCUAACAUUGCUGAAAACGUUAAAGUGGCCAAAGAGUCUUUGCGUCAAAAGUCUUUGUGUGCCGGCAUGGAUAGUGUCAAUCAAGAGCUUUUAGACAAACCCACCUCUUUGCCUUUGGGUCCUGAACUGGAGGUCACCGGUAUAAAUGUACGCAGUUGCAGCUAUUUCAAUUCAAAUACAUUGCCUUUGAAAAUUUCCUUUAUUGGUCCAGAUGCUGAAAUAUUGCCGGCUAUAUUUAAGUCUGGUGAUGAUUUACAACAAGACAUGUUGACCAUACAACUUAUUCGUGUUAUGAAUAAAAUGUGGCUGGAAGAGAAUUUGGACUUGAAAAUGGUAACUUUUAAUUGUGUUCCCACUGGUUUUAAGAAGGGCAUGAUUGAAUUGGUUUCGGAUGCUGAAACAUUAAGAAAAAUUCAGGUGGAAUAUGGUUUGACGGGUUCGUUUAAGGAUCGUCCCAUUGCUGAGUGGUUGGCUAAACAAAAUCCUAGUCAAUUGGAGUAUCAAAGAGCGGUAAAGAAUUUUACGGUCUCCUGCGCUGGCUAUAGUGUGGCAACUUAUAUUUUGGGCAUUUGUGAUAGACAUAAUGACAAUAUUAUGUUAAAAACCUCAGGACAUUUAUUCCACAUAGAUUUUGGUAAAUUUUUAGGUGAUGCUCAAAUGUUUGGCAACUUUAAGAGAGAUCGCACUCCCUUUGUACUAACCUCCGAUAUGGCAUACGUGAUUAAUGGUGGUGAUAAACCCUCUACUGACUUUCAUUAUUUUGUUGAUUUAUGCUGUCGUGCCUUUAAUAUUAUACGCAAACAUGGUGAUCUUUUGUUACACAUGUUAGCUCUUAUGGCUACGGCUGGUAUACCCGGUGUUACAGCCGAUGCAGUUACUUAUGUACGCAAAGCAUUACUGCCAUCACAAUCGAAUCCUGAAGCAGCUGCCUCAUUUGCUAAAAUGAUACAAUUUUCAUUGAAGAGUUGGUUUACACAAUUCAAUUUCUUUUUGCACAAUUUAGCACAAAUGCGUUUUAGCAAUGAUGAAGGUAGCGGUGAACUGUUGUCGUUUGUUCCUAGAAAAUAUACAAUGCAUCAAGAUGGCCGCUUAAGAAGUGUGGCCGUGGUGCGCUGUCAAAAACACUAUGAAAUGGAGAAAUUUUAUACAUACAUUUUACGUGUCACUCGCCAUGGUCAAAAAGAUCCCACACAUUUAUUCCGUUCCUAUAAAGAGUUCACCGAAUUUCAUCAGAAGUUAUGUUUACAUUUUCCAUUAGCCAAAUUGCACAGUUUACCCAGUGGCAUACAUGUGGGACGUUCUAAUGUUAAAUCUGUAGCCGAAAGACGUUUACCAGAAAUACGUGAAUUUCUUAUAUCACUUUUUAAUUCGGCCGAUGAAAUAGCACACUCCGAUUUGGUUUAUACAUUCUUUCAUCCAUUAUUAAGAGAUCAAAAAGAGGCUAAUUUAGAUGUGUCUAAAAUUAAAGAAGUAAAAUCUCAAACAUCUAGAGAACAUACCAAUGAAGUGGGACAAUUAAAAUUAUCAAUGCAAUAUCGACGUGAUGUUUUAACUGUUAUGAUACAUCAUGCAAAAGGUUUACCUUUACUGCAGGGUGGUCAAGAGCCCAAUACUUAUGUUAAAUGUUAUCUUAAGCCCGAUGACAAAAAGGCCACCAAACGUAAAACCAAAGUUGUGCGCAAAACCUGUGUGCCCAGUUAUAUGGAAACGCUGGAGUAUCGUAUGCCUUUACAAAUCAUACAAAAUCGUGUUUUACAUGUUACCGUCUGGUCACAUGAUACUUUGCAGGAAAAUGAAUUAUUAGGAGGCUUUCAAAUUGAUUUAAGUAAAUAUGAUUUACGUAAAGAAUUAAGUGAUUGGUUCCGUUUGGGUAAUAUGCCACGUCACUGACACUUUGAUGCUCAACUCCUUAAGGCAGUAAUAAUUGUUUAGAAAAACAAUUGUUAGAAAUACACCAGAGUAACAGAAAAACAAAACAGGGAUUUGCAAAAGCAAUUAAAACUGAACCAUGGAUAAUAAAUAAUUGUAAUAAACCUUAAGCUACACACACACACACACACACAUUCAAAUCAAUUUAAUAUUAAACUAAAAGGAAUUGUUAAUAACUUUAUACUAAUGCUUAUAUAAUUAUAAUA